AUGGCAGCCCCAACUCAGCUUGCUUAUCGAACCCUUAAGGGAAUUGGCAUCUUGGAUGCGGCCCCCGUCUAUGAACCAUUGCCGGGCUUUACGAGACCAGAAGGGAAUCUACGCUGCUGCACUUACUCCCCGUGUGGCCGGUAUUUUGCAUGGGCUUCCCCCGAAGGGGUUUCCAUAAUCGACCCAUCCGUUGGCCAUCUCAUUGCUACGCUUCCGGCCGAGAACGUCUAUGAACUCGGGUUCUCCCCGUUGGGAACGUUCGUGAUCACCUGGCAGCGCCCGUCAAAGGACGAGAACGGCGAUGCAGUGAGGAAUCUGAAGGUUUGGAGGGUGGUGGAAGGCCCGCCUAGUGAUAACGGAGAUGAACCCCCUCGUGUGCCGACCGGAAGCUUUGUUCAAAAGUCGCAGACCGGGUGGAAUCUACAGUAUACUGCCGAUGAGAAGUACUGUGCCCGCGUUGUCACCAAUGAGGUCCAGUUCUACCAGAGCGGAAACCUGACGACAGUGUGGAACAAAUUGCGGGUUGAGGGAGUUGUUGACUUUGCUAUCUCGCCGGGCCAGAACCACACAGUCGCAGUCUUCAUCCCAGAGCGCAAGGGCCAACCAGCUUCGGUCAAGGUUUUCAACGUGCCGCAGUUCAACCUACCGCUUUCGCAAAAGAAUUUCUUCAAGGGCGACAAGGUUCAGAUGAAGUGGAACAAGUCUGGAACCACCUUGAUUGUGUUGGCACAGACCGAAGUCGAUAAGACCGGGAAGAGUUAUUAUGGAGAGACUACCCUCUACCUCCUAAGCACGAAUGGAUUUGACUCGAGAAUCGAUCUUGACAAGGAGGGCCCUAUCCACGAUGUCACCUGGUCUCCUAAUUCCAAAGAAUUCGGUGUCGUCUAUGGCUACAUGCCAGCGAAGACUACUGUCUUUAAUUCUCGAGGAGCUGCCACCCACUCCUUCCCCCUCGCGCCCCGAAACACGAUAGUUUUCUCUCCUCAUGGCCGGUUUGUGAUUGUCGCAGGAUUUGGCAAUCUUGCCGGCCAGAUGGAUAUCUACGAUCUGGAGAAGAAUUACACGAAAGUUGCUACCGUCGAAGCCUCUAAUGCAAGCGUGUGCGAAUGGAGUCCCGACGGUAAACACAUCUUAACUGCAACUACAAGUCCUAGACUCCGUGUCGACAAUGGGGUGCGAAUCUGGCACGUGGGAGGUGGAUUGAUGUACAACGAGGAUAUGAAUGAGCUUUAUGACGUUCACUGGCGUCCCCAGUCCUCCGUUAGCCAUCCCCUGGAGAACCCACUGCACCCGAUGCCGAAUCCUCAUCCGUCUGCGUUAGCCUACCUUGCAAAUAAGAAGACGCCCUCCAAGCCUGUGGGCGCCUAUCGACCUCCGGGUGCUCGAGGCCAGAGUGCUCCAAUGACCUUUCGCCGGGAGGACGAGGGUGGAGCAGCAUUUAUUCGGGACGAGCGCCCAAAUGCUUUCGGGCCCAGCGCGAAUGCUUUUGGCAAGCCUAGACGUCGUGUUGUCCCAGGCGCUGAGCCGAUGGACGAGUUUCUUCCUCCUGGAGCCGCUCCAGGAGGCGGUGUAGCUCUGCCACCUGGCGCGCAGGCUGACGAAAAGUUGUCAAAAUCUGCCGCCAAGAACAAGAAGAAGCGCGAAGCGAAGAAAGCCAAAGAGAACGCCGAAAAGGCCCAGAACCUUUCGGUCGAGAAUGGUGGUUCUGGUGAACAAUCUCCUGCCGGAGUUAACGCAGAUCGCCGUGAAAAGCGAGCCCACUCCCGUAGCCGAUCGCGGGGCAAUCUAGAUCCCAACGCGCAUGGUCGACAGAAUCGUGAUCGUAGCCGCAGCAGCCAUCGUCGCCAGCGUAGUGAUGCCCACGGUAAAGGCAAUAACAACGCAGCUCAGGGUAGACCUAACGGUAAAGCGAAAGCCGGCCAGCCACCGAAUGGAGCGUUAGCUGCUCCCGUUCCUGAUGUUACGGUGACGUCUCCUACUACCGGAAACGCAUCGACUCCUCAGGAGAAGAAGAUCCGCGGCCUGUUGAAGAAGAUGCGGGCGAUUGAUGAGCUUAAGAUGCGUCUGGCCGGUGGAGAGAAGCUGGAGGACACGCAGAUGAAGAAGAUCAAGACAGAGGAAUCUGUGCGCAAGGAAUUGGAGGCUCUUGGUUGGAGUGGGUAGUUUUGAUGAUCGUUGGAGAAUUACUAUCUACAUUUACACAUUUUGGACACCAAUGUUUUCAGAUAUAUACUGUCAAGUUUACUCCAGACAAAUGUGCCCCAGAAAACGGUGGUAAUUAACCAUCGAGCAGGGAAUCUGGGUCAAGGAACUCCGUACAGGAGAUAUUUAGGUAGAUCAUAAAUUGGAAACCGUUGAUUAACUGACAGUGCGAAGCCCGUCGACUUGCACUUGGGGCCCAUCCGCUUUCUCCGGCCUGUCAGGCCACCCUGCCUACCAACUCGCCGAUACUUGCUCGCCCAGCAUUAUGAUCAAAUUAUCAAUCAUCAAAUCAUCGCGGCCCCUUCGGCUGGCUGGCUGUUGCUGUCCCCCUGAGCGCCCCCAGCCAAUCACCGUGCGCCGGCGGUGGGUAAGCGCUGCGACACAAGAUGAAUCAACGCCGCCGCAGCAAAGUGGACUGCGCUGUUACACCCGAUGCUGCACGUUCGACGGUGCGAGCGGCCGUGUCCGUGUUGAACCUGGCUGGCCCGGUUGGCAACGACGAGCCUUCAUUGGCCCAGCAACCCCCGGGUGUUCUAUCAAAUCCCAUCACACCCUCGCGCAGCGCAUGCAGAAUAGGCCAAAUACCCGCCGCACCUUUCUCUCUUUUUAUUUGCCUUUCUUGCUGAUAAUGUCCAUCUCGAAAUAAACUGUCAG